AUGGCCCAUGAAAAGCCCAAGGAAGGAGUCAAGACUGAGAACAAUGAUCAUAUUAAUUUGAAAGUGGCGGUGCAGUUUAAUAUUAAACCACUUAGUAAACAAAUGAAAGUAUAUAGCACACCUGUACAGUUGUAAAUGGAGGAUGAAGAUACAAUUGAUGUGUUCCAGCAGCAGACAGGAGGUGUCUACUAAAAAGAGAACCUGCUACUUUACUCCAGAACUCUGUUCUUAUAGACCAAGAAUACAUUCUCAAUUAGAAAACUGCAAUUUGAUUCCACCACAUCCUGACUACUACAGCAUAGUUUUCUCCAUUCUUUCAUUUUCCC